GUUUCUUUCGUCCUUUUUUUUUUUUGCAUUCUCUCGUCGUCGUCUCAAGAUCUAGAAGAAGGAAAGAGCAAUUUGAAGCGACAUGGCAGGCAAAGGUGGAAAAGGACUCGUAGCUGCGAAGACGAUGGCUGCUAACAAGGACAAAGACAAGGACAAGAAGAAACCCAUCUCUCGCUCUGCUCGUGCUGGUAUUCAGUUUCCUGUGGGUCGUAUUCACAGGCAACUCAAGACAAGAGUUUCCGCACACGGCAGAGUUGGUGCAACUGCUGCUGUUUACACGGCAUCAAUCCUGGAGUACCUAACUGCUGAAGUUCUUGAACUGGCUGGAAACGCUAGCAAGGAUCUGAAAGUGAAGAGGAUCACUCCGAGGCAUCUGCAGUUGGCGAUACGAGGAGAUGAGGAGCUUGACACACUCAUCAAGGGAACCAUUGCUGGAGGAGGUGUACAUUAGUUAAUUUGAACUCUUUAGGUUUCUUUUGUUCAAGCAAAUGUUCUCUUUGAAUGCUAUUGUGAUUUGCUUAUUAUGUUUAAAGUGAACUGUUUUCUGUGUUUAACAACUGAGGAAAAUCAUUUACUCG